AUGUUUUCGAUUGCUGACAAGAGAUCACCAUUUGUCAUUGAUAUAGAGAAAUGGACUUCCAUAUGUCGGAUGCUUCAAGUUGAUCAGAUGUCAUGUCCACAUACGUUGGUUGUAAUAGCAACAACUAAAGGAGACCCAUUCGAUUAUUGUUCGUACUUUUACUCACGAGAGGCAUGCAUGAAUGCAUACCAAUAUAUGGCAUACCUAGUUGAAAAUCCAAAUGAGUGGACUGUGUCCCGGGAAGUUGAAGACAUAAUUGUCUUGGCACCUCAUCAAAAAAGAAGUUCAGAAAGACCUGCUGAAAUGUGGGCGUUGUAA